CUUUUUCCCUGGGACUAGUAGUCCAGAUAGUUCCUUUGCUCACUCUGAUUCACCGCAGCUCUCCCAAGGACGUGUAGAAACCAGCUGUCAUGAAAGAGAAAGUGCUUCAUACUCCAGGGAGCAGCCAUCCGAGUUCUCCAGCGAGGAAGCAGAUCAUCCAGUGUUUCAGAUGUGGAGAGCCAUGCAAGGGAGAGGUGCUGCGAGUCCAGGCCAACCACUUCCACAUAAAGUGCUUUACCUGCAAGGUGUGUGGCUGUGAUUUGGCUAAGACUGGCUUCUUCAUGAAGAAUGGUGAAUGCCUCUGCCCGCUGGACUUCCAGAGGCUUCACGGCACUCUCUGUAGCAACUGUGGGGAAUUUGUGGAGGGAGAGGUGGUCUCAGUCUUAGGGAAGACCUACCACCCAGCCUGCUUUGUCUGCACCAUUUGCAAACGGCCUUUUCCUGCUGGGGACUGUGUCACCUUCAGUGGAAAAGACUGCCUCUGUCAGCGCUGUAAUCGUCCUGUUUCUUUUACUCCCAAUGACCACAAAUAUUCCAGUAAUUGCUCUGGCUGUGGUAGAGACAUCAAAAAUGGCCAGGCUCUGUUAGCCCUGGGUGGCCAGUGGCACCUUGGCUGCUUCAAGUGUAAAGCCUGCAGGAAAGUGCUGAGCGGAGAAUAUAUCAGCAAGGAUGGUGUUCCUUAUUGUGAGAGGGACUACCAGAUUCAGUUUGGGGUCCAAUGUGAAGCAUGUCAGAAGUUUAUAACUGGAAAAGUCCUAGAGGCAGGGGACAAACAUUAUCACCCCACCUGUGCAAGAUGCAGCCGAUGUGACAGAAUUUUCAAAGAAGGUGAAGAAAUGUAUCUGCAAGGGUCAACAGUUUGGCACCCAGACUGCAGAGACAACAGCAGAAUUGAGGACAGUUACAGGGUCGGCAGACCAAAAACACCUUGUCUUGAUUUCUUUUUCCCUCCCCAAGAACUGAAGCACACUAGAUCCUCGUCUGAAAGCUCCUGUUCCAGGCCGGGCUCAUGCACUCCAGGCAGUCCUGCUCGAACUAUCUGUGCAAAAGUAGAUAAUGAGAUCAUUGAUUACCGAGACUUAGCAGCAAUUCCCAGAGUCAAGGCUAUAUAUGAUAUAGAGCAUCCUGAUAUGAUAUCUUAUAAGUGUGUGAACAACAACUCCUCUACUUUGGACAAGAAAGGCAACAGACAGGACAGGCAAAGCCCUGCAGAGUCAGCAGGAAACACAUCUGACACCACAGAGGAGAGUUUUGAAUUAAGAAAGUACAUACCAAAAUCUACAAGUCAUGGAUCUUUUGGAGUUCAUGCAACGUACAAUCGUACGCACAGCUACACUCCAACUCUGUCCAGAUCACCACAACACUUCCACCGGCCAGCAGGGUCGAUGCUUUCUCUCUCUUUAUUCUCUGGCAACAAUCACACCUGCCCCACUUCUCCUUUAUUUCACAACUUUCACCCGCCCACCAAAGACGAAGGCUUCAACAUGUACAGGAGGCCUCCCAUUUAUAAACAGAAAGAUCCAAACACCUCCACACCCCAAACAUCCUCUUUGCCUGGAUACGGUCGCAAUGGCCUUAAUCCGCCACGGUCCGUUGAUUACUCGCAUCACAAUGGUCACAAAGAAUUUAAGUUCAUCCAUGAUGGUCAACAUCCAUUAUCACGAAUGGACAGAGGAGUGUCUAUGCCUAAUUUGUUGGAUCCAAAAGUCUACACAUAUGAAAUGCUCACAGUUGCCAACAGAGGACGAGUCAAGCUUCCCAAGGAUGUUGACAGAACAAGACUCGAGCGACAUCUAUCCCCGGAUUCAUUUUUUGAUAUCUUUGGCAUGGGGAUUGAAGAAUUCAACAGACUUCCACUAUGGAAACGUAAUGACAUGAAGAGGAAGGUCAAUCUCUUCUAAAUGUUGCCUAAUGCAUGUUUUAAGUCAUCGUUAAUAUGCAGUUCAUGCCAAGUUCUGAUGACUGCUUGUGUUUGCUUGACUUUUUUGGCCUAGAAACUGGAUAUGUUACAUAUUUUCUGGGACACAGUGUUGUGUUUCCCAGUGAGUUUCUGUAUGCUACUGUAAUUAAUAAUGUCUCAAUUCCAUAAUACCUCAAAGCAGAUAUGAACAUCAGAAGGAUUCAUCAUUAUUAUAUCAAUAUUUUGUCUUUCCUAAGUCAGGCCCAGGGAUUGCGUUCAUAUCGGAUGACUCAGCUGUACACAAUUUAUGUCUAUCCGUCGUAAAUUCAACAGAUCCUGUGGCAUUUUUAUGGCAUGAUCUUUGAUGCCAGAGGCCAUGCUUUGCAUCCUGUUUUAAAACCUUGGAUUGUGAUCAGUGACAGCAUUUUGGAGGAGAACUAAUGCUUUUUUCAAUGAUUUCUUUUUUAAAUAUCUGCACAAGGCAACUGUAAUAUGGCUAAGGUUAGGCACCCAUAACACAUUAAGGAUGCACCUUAAAGCUGAAUCACAAGACUGUAUCAAAAUGUAGUGAAUGCAUCAAAAAAUGUCCGAAUAGACUGAAGGAUGUUAGGUCAGCUACAUGAAAUGAACAUAAUGUCAUUAACAUGUAAUUCUGAUACAGUAUAUUUAAUAAUACCUUGAAGAACUGGAUGCACUUCACCCAUUUUGUCAUUGUUACUACUAUAUUGUUACUUUGUUACUCACAUUGUUUCUCUUCUGGUUACACAAAUGUUUAAGCACAAACUAAAAAGAGAUUUUUCACAGCUGGAUUUUCAUAUUGAACUGUUAUAGGUAUAAUUAAGAUGAUUUGUUUUAUGUGUUUCCCUGAUUUAGCUGUGAUAAAUGUCACUGUAUAUCACUGUUGUCCCAACACACCACCUCAAGCGCCAUAAAUAAAAUCUUGCACU